UCAAUAAAGCUUUCUUUGAGAAUAUGCAAUAUGAGUAUCAGAAUUGUAGCUGGAGGAAGAAAGGGGAUCAAGCAAUGGAAUAGCAAAGUGAUGAAGAAGAAGGUGAUGGAGAUCAAGAAAUGGCAAAACAAGGGGAAGAAGAACAUGGAGCUACACACCGACUUUUAUGGUUUCCGGACAGAAAUGAGAGGAAGAAUGAAUAACGUGGAAGGAAAGCUUGAUCGGCUUGUUAACCAUUUUUUUCCUCCACCCCCACCUGAUGCCACCUAACUUGAUAUUUCUUUAGUUUGGCUAAUCUUUAGGAUGGACAUCUUAGGGUUAUGCAUUUUAUGUUUUUAUUUGACUAUGGAUAUGUCUUGAACCUUUUUAUCUUUUUUUAUGAAUGGAAAUGGCAUCACUUGUGUUAUCAUGCUUUGUGAAUGGUUGGUUAUGAUUUUGAUGAUUAUAUGCUCUUAUUGAGGGGGAGUUUAUUGGUUGAUGAUUGUAUUCAUGAUUUUGGUUGUCUAUGGUGCUAUAUUGAUAAUGAUUGAUGAUUAUAUUCAUUACAUAUUCUUGAUGCUUUAAAGGUUGAUAGCAUGAAUUAAAUGGGAGUUUAUUGC